AUGGGAGGCAUUGGGAAGACCACUCUUGCGAGGUAUGCCUAUGAUGACCCUUUAAGUGUUCAACACUUUGACAUUCGUGCUUGCCUCACAAUAUCCCAAACUUAUAACAUAAAGACAAUUCUUCGCACUCUUCUCCGUUCCAUCAAGGACGUGUUCAACAGUCGUGUUCCGUUUUGGGGUGAGGACGAUGAGUCGUUGAAAGACAAUGUAUACAGAUACUUAAAAGGGAGGAGAUAUCUAAUCGUGAUGGAUGAUUUGUGGGAUACAAAUGUGUGGGAUGAGUUACGAAGGAUGUUUCCAGAUGAUCUUAAUGGGAGUAGAAUUAUCGUAACUACAAGGGAGUCAACGGUUGCUUCUUACGCCGACUCUCUUGGCCAUCCUCACCAGAUGCAUUUGAUGAGUGUAGAUCAAAGCUGGAUGUUACUUAAAGAGAGAGUGUUUGGAUGUGAAAGUUGCCCUCUAGAAUUGGAGAAAAUCGGGGAGGUCAUAGCAGAAAAAUGUAGAGGGCUUCCACUUGCGGUUGUGGUGAUAGCUGGAGUUCUCUCUAAGAAGGGCAAUCAGAGGAAAGACUACUGGGAGAACAUUGCUAGGAAUGUAUCCAAAGUUGUUUACGCAAAUGAUGAACAAUUCAAUGAGAUAUUGACUUUGAGUUAUAGGUUCUUGCCUAGUCCUCUAAGGCUUUGUUUUCUAUAUAUGGGGUGUUUCCCAGAAGAUUAUGAGAUCAAUGUGUCAAAACUCAUCAAAUUAUGGUUGGCAGAGGGUUUUCUGCCAUCAAAUGAAUCUAAAGACAUGGAAGAGUUGGGAUACGAGUAUUUGGAAGAAUUGGUUAGAAGAAGUCUUCUCUUGAUCAAUAAAAUUGGUACCGAUGGAAGGAUUAGGACAGUGAAGAUCCAUGAUCUCUUGAGAGACCUCUGUUUGCGAAAAUGUGAGGACGAGAGCUUUUUUUGCACCAUAAAUGAGUUUUCAGGCAGCUUUCCUCAAGGUAUUGAGAAUUCAAAUCGCCUUAGUGUAUUCUGUAACAUCUCUGGUAGCAUUCCAAGCAUGGAAACCUCAACUAUGCACACCAUCCUUCUUUUCAAGCACUGGGCCUUUGAUUCUUGGAAAUGUUUUAGACUUCUAAGGAUAUUUGAUGGAUUAAGUGUAGUUAUACACUCAACAUCCAGCGCUGAUAUAUAUAUCGGUGAGCUAAUUCACUUGAGAUACCUUGCUUUGACAUGUGAGCCAGUCAGGCAGACGAUCACACUUGUAUCUAACUCCUUGUACCGCCUUCAGCAUCUUCAGACAUUAAUCUUCAGAAUCAAAGAGUUCAUCCGAGAUACGGAUGGCAGAGUGGUGCCACAGGGACUUCCUCAACUGCAUCAGGAGUAUAUGGAAUUUGAAUUUUGGAGACUACCGAACUUAAGGCACCUCAUCUUGUUGGAUGGCUUCUUGCCUGACCCCUCUACAAAGAGUUUCGAGCAGAUUUCUUCUAUGGAAAACCUGCAAACACUUUGUCUCAUGAAAGAUUUUAAGUGCUCGGAGAGAUUUUUGGAAAUGCUACCAAACUUAAAGAAGUUGGGAGUUAUUUACUCAUACAAGAGCACAUAUGAAACAGGAUGGUCACAGUAUUGCUUGCUAAAUCUUGUUCGUCUGCAUAGGCUGGAAAAGUUGAACUUGUAUGCAGAGCCCUAUCCGUCCCUGAGGGCGUAUGAUCUUCCUCAGAACAUUGCCUUCCCAUCAGCAUUGAAAAAGUUGAGCUUAAGUGGGAAUGAUAUGGGAAUGAUUGGAUGGCUGCCUAAUCUUCAAGUGCUCAAACUGAAACGGCACGCCUGUCAUGGACCCGAGUGGGAAACAAGUGAAGGGGAAUUCUGCCGACUGAAAGUACUGCUAAUUGACAGCACAGAUCUCGUUCAAUGGACAACAGAGAGUUCUCAUUUCCCCAAGCUUGAGCAGCUAACUCUGUUUGAAUGCAAUAAGUUGAGGGGUAUCCCGUGUAAAAUUGGGAAAAUUCCCGAGCCGUUUCCAGGCAGUACUCUAACUAUUACAAUGGAAGAACAAUACAAAUACAAGUGA